UACGCAUUUCGCCCCAUGGCUUUUCUCUUUCUAAAACAAAAUAUAUGACACAGUGCUGGCCGCUCGGACUGGGAGGAGUCUCUCUCCUGGUGUUUUAAUUGGCUACAGACUUCAGUGAGAAGCGUGAGUAUCAGUAAUUAUUCAGCAAUGUUUUGCACAAGAAAUGUCAGCCAGAUAGGGCUAUCUUCAUCGCGCCGUCAAAUUACACCACAACGAUGUCAUGUUCCAACAACCAAGCAGGAAACUCAUUUUUCGUGGACUCCUUAAUCAACGUGAGAGCCGACAGCGGUUCAUAUUACCAAAGUAACAGCCUGUACUUGCCGCCGGCGUCGGAAUAUUCCUAUGGACUGUCCGGUGGUUUUCCUGGCGUCGGUAAGCGCGGCGAGCCGCAGAGCCGCGGCGCGCUGCCCUGCUCCGCUCCCUAUGUGCAGGGCAUGGAAACGUGGCUGGACACGCCGAGACCCUGCACCCGGGUGCAGGAUCAGCCCACUGGCCAGCACUUGCCUUCAUUCUCACCCAGUAUAAAGGAGGAGAGCGCGUGUUGCCUGUACGAGUCAGACAAAUGCCCUAAAGGAGCGAUAGUAGAUGACAUUUCCUACUCGGCCGCAUCAUGCCCCGUUACCGGCAACACUGUGCCCGUCCCGGGAUACUUCCGUCUGUCUCAGACGUACAUGCCCUCCAGACUUUAUCACGAUGCGCAGCCCAACGUGAGCAGCUUCAGCACGCAGAGAGCUGCCCACUUGGACGGCCCAGCCAGCUCCCACCAGCCGCCGGCGGUGGCCGCCUCCGCGGGGCCGGAGCGCGGGGAGAGCCGCGAGGAGGAGGCGGCGGUGUCCGCGGCCGGCGGCCCCCCGGCCAGGGAGGAGGACAGCCGGCUCUCGUCGGAGAGGUCAUUCUCCCCGGAACCAGCGGAGACCUGCACCCCGGGCUGUCCAGAAAAGACCGUAAAAGGAGAUGGGAAAAUAGACACCACGGCCAACUGGCUCACAGCUAAGAGCGGCAGGAAGAAGCGCUGCCCCUACACCAAACACCAGACACUGGAGCUGGAGAAGGAGUUUCUCUUCAAUAUGUACUUGACGAGGGAGCGCCGUCUGGAGAUCAGCCGCUGUGUUCACCUCACCGACAGGCAAGUCAAAAUCUGGUUCCAGAACCGGAGGAUGAAACUGAAAAAAAUGAGCCGGGAAAACAGGAUCCGAGAGCUCUCUACCAAUUUCAGUUUCUCCUAAGACUUUGACGAUAGACGCCUUCCUGCAGGCAAGGCGAGGACGCCUGUGCAAAAGCCCCCCACCCAACUGUGAGAAUGUCCGUGGAAAAUAUGACCCUGUACUGCUAACUUAUUGAUUGUUGUCGUUCAAAGCUUUUUUUUUUCACGUCUGGUUAAUUUCGUGGAUUUGUAUUUUUACUCGGUUACAUUUGUAACGUGGAUCUAUUUAAAAUGUUCAGAAUAUGACCACAAUCUUUCAAGAGUUUUCAGGAUUGUACAUAGUGUAUAUCAAUAUGAGUGAAAUUUGCAUGCUGGACUGACCUUUGGGAAUAUCUGUGUUACAGUUACAUGUAGGCAUUUAUGUGACCAUUAAAGGACCCAAGACGUCUAGUGAAUAUUUGCACAUUUUGCUGGUCAAAUUAAUAAAACCAUCCCUGUAAGCGCAUAUGUCUUUUUUUUUUGGCUCAUAAAAGAGAUAGAUGGAGCUGUGGAAGCUGGCGCAUUUACAAGAGGAAAUGCCUUUCUGACUAGACUUUGUGCACAGUAAAUAUUAUUCCAGUUGUUAGACGUGAUGUUUUGUGUAGUUUGGUAAUUAAAUGGAUGUGUGAGGGCUGCACACACGUUGCAGCCUUUUCUUAGGAAACUGGGACUGAAAUAUAUAUCGAGACUAAGGCUACUGUUUUCUGGUAGCUAUAGGCAAAUGAUAUACGCAGAUUAAAAAAAGGG